GAUAAUUAACAUUUGAUUAAUCGUUUCCAAUCAUUAUAACUACGUUAGUAAAGUUUCGAUUUAUGUUAUUACCUUCCAAGUACUCGUGUAGUGCGCUUGUGACCAUUUUUCUAGUCUAAAGUAUCUUAGUCCGAAUUACACAACAUGUCUGUCCAGGCACAAUUCGACCAAGCCGCCACUAACGUCAAGAAGCUGAAGUCCCUCCCCAGCGAUAAGGAUCUCCUGGAGUUGUACGCCCUGUACAAACAGGCCACAGUGGGAGAUGCCGAUCCAAGCAACAAACCCGGAAUGUUAGAUCUCAAGGGCAAAGCGAAGUUCGAGGCGUGGACCUCGAAGAAGGGCACAUCAAAGGAGGACGCACAGAAGGCCUACAUCGCCAAAGUGGAGAGCCUUAUCGCCUCAAUCGGCCUCCAAUAAAUAGAUCUAAGUUCGCCGCAUAAUUGUUCGACAAAGCAAAUGUGAAAUUACCGACAACUAAUUUACGAUCUUAAUAUCUGAACAACAAAGAUACAAAUUCACUUUACUUGUCGAUGAUUAUGUUCUACUCAUUAAAAAUUCGCUAUUUAUUUUUAAGUAAAGAUCGUCAUAAUUAUAAGUAAGCAUUCUGUAUUUGUUUUUUUAUAAACUUUUAUACAUUAUGCAAUAAAUCUAUUGAGAAAUUAAA